CUGAGUCUCAGACUGAUGUCAGUUAAUUUUUGUUGUUUUGUUAAUAGUUUCACAACCUUUCAUAAUCGAUUUGACUCUUAUUGGGAGUGUAAGAUACCGUAAUAGUUUGUUAUGAACAAAUUUUGUGAUAUUAGACAGGGGAGUCUUUUGGAUGAUCUCAAUUUCCUGAGAAAAGUUCAGAAUACCAAAAACAGAUUAGAACGUGAAUUUCCUGGUGAUUUCCAUUUAAAUCCAAGGAGUACUGACUAUGGGCGAUUCUCUACCCACCCGCAGAGUAUUGAAGAAGACAGCGACACAUCUUCAGAGGGCAGUUCUGUGAAACGCAUGAGUGCAUCAACCAGUAGGUCUAAUGUUAAUAUAGAACUAGAUAAUUAUCAGGAAAAUAAGUUAAAAAUAAAGAAUGCAAGAAGAGAACUGCAAGAAAAAGUGAUGCAAGAAAAAACAGCAGACGCCUACAAUCUUGACAUAGACGAUGAUUCCUGCACUGUAACCCCGGUGAAUACCUUCAGAAAUAGGACCAGACAGGCAUUCGUUGAUCAACGCAUGAAUAAAACGCAUUCUUCUGUUUCCCAGAAGUUUGUUACAAUUUCCAAAUGUGCUUCCCAAAAAAAUAUCAUGAGUGAAUCAGUCUUUGAAAGGAAAUUUAAAAUAUUUGUCGAAAAGAGCCUGCAUACUAUAAGCGACAUAAGGAAUCUAUUGGAGAAAGGAAUUGAUCCGCCCGAUGGUGAUGAAGAUAUUUCCAGGAGGCAAUUGAGAGUUAAGGAGUUCUCUAACCGAUUCUCAAGAAAUUAUUUAUAUCCAAUCGUUCGACAGCUUGACGAAUUGAGAAAAUGGAAACAAUCGAAUCCUAAUAGGAAUCAUAAACUACUGUCAGCAUAUCAAAUAAUUCUGAAUGGUCUGCAAGCGUACCAUAACCAUCUUCCUACGUCGAUAGGUGGCUGUUCAUCUGAUAAACUGAAAUUGUUAUUGAAACGACUGCUGGAACUUUGUAAUAUCCACAACACAAUGAUGAGCAUUUCAGACGAGAACAGCUACUGUGAUUUUCUUAAU